AGUCUCCUGCCAGCUGCCGGCGGCUCAUUCGGGAAGGAGGAGCAGGGAGCCGGGCCCAGAGCUGUCACCCAGGGCUGGGAGGGAACGCAGAGAGCCCGCCUGCCUGCUCAGCUCCCCUUCCUGUCCCCUGAGUGCUCAGCCAUACCCGCUUCUGGGAGCUCUGGAAGGGCCAGUGGUUGGAUGCCCCUCUAGCAGGGAGCUGGGCCUGUGGCUCCGGGGCUCCUGGCUCCUCCUGCCGCCUGCAGUGCCCAGGCCGGAUGAGGCACCUCCCCGCAGCACGGGUCCCAGCAGCAGUGGCCUGAGGGAGCCCCUGAGCAGCGAGGGCCCCGCCCAGCCACCUUCCCUUUGGCCGACUCCCGCCUCAGGCGGCCCCCUGCUGGGCAUGCUGCUGGUGCCCAAGGCUCAGGGGCUUGUGGAGAUGCUGCAGACCAUCUAUGAGACGGAAUCCUGUUUCUCAGCAGAUGGGAUGCCAGGCCGGGAACCAUCCUUGGAAAUCCUGCCUCGGACCCCUCUACAUGGCCUCCCUGUGGCAGUGGAGGUGAAGCCGGUGCUGCCAGGAGCCAUGCCCAGCUCCAUGGGGGGCGGGGGAGGAGGCAGCCCCAGCCCUGUGGAGCUGCGGGGUGCGCUGGCAGGCCCCGUGGACCCCGCGCUGCGGGAGCAGCAGCUACAACAGGAGCUCCUGGCGCUCAAGCAGCAGCAGCAGCUGCAGAAGCAGCUCCUGUUCGCUGAGUUCCAGAAACAGCACGACCACCUGACCCGGCAGCAUGAGGUCCAGCUGCAGAAGCACCUCAAGCAGCAGCAGGAGAUGCUGGCAGCCAAGAGGCAGCAGGAGCUGGAGCAGCAGCGGCAGCGGGAGCAGCAACGGCAGGAGGAGCUGGAGAAGCAGCGGCUGGAGCAGCAGCUGCUCAUCCUGCGAAACAAGGAGAAGAGCAAAGAGAGUGCCAUCGCCAGCACCGAGGUGAAGCUGAGGCUCCAGGAAUUCCUCCUGUCGAAGUCAAAGGAGCCCACACCAGGCGGCCUCAACCAUUCCCUCCCACAGCAUCCCAAAUGCUGGGGAGCCCACCAUGCUUCUUUGGACCAGAGUUCCCCUCCCCAGAGCGGCCCCCCUGGGACGCCUCCCUCCUACAAACUGCCUUUGCUUGGGCCCUACGACAGCCGUGAUGACUUCCCCCUCCGCAAAACAGCCUCCGAACCCAACUUAAAAGUACGUUCGAGGCUAAAGCAGAAGGUGGCCGAGCGGAGAAGCAGUCCCCUCCUGCGUCGCAAGGACGGGACUGUCAUUAGCACCUUUAAGAAGAGAGCUGUUGAGAUCACAGGUGCCGGGCCUGGAGCGGCAGCCGUGUGCAACAGCGCGCCAGGCUCCGGCCCCAGCUCUCCUAACAGCUCCCACAGCACCAUCGCCGAGAAUGGCUUUACUGGCUCAGUCCCCAACAUCCCCACCGAGAUGCUCCCCCAGCACCGGGCCCUCCCUCUGGACAGCUCCCCCAACCAGUUCAGCCUCUACACGUCUCCCUCUCUGCCCAACAUCUCCCUAGGGCUGCAGGCCACGGUCACUGUCACCAACUCGCACCUCACCGCCUCCCCAAAGCUUUCGACGCAGCAGGAGGCCGAGAGGCAGGCCCUCCAGUCCCUGCGGCAGGGUGGUGCACUGACGGGCAAGUUCAUGAGCACAUCCUCUAUCCCCAGCUGCCUGCUGGGCGUGGCACUGGAGGGCGACACCAGCCCCCACGGGCAUGCCUCCCUGCUGCAGCAUGUGCUGCUGCUGGAGCAGGCCCGGCAGCAGAGCACCCUCAUUGCUGUGCCGCUCCACGGGCAGUCCCCGCUGGUGACGGGUGAGCGCGUGGCCACCAGCAUGCGGACGGUGGGCAAGCUCCCUCGGCACCGGCCCCUGAGCCGCACUCAGUCCUCGCCGCUGCCCCAGAGCCCCCAGGCCCUGCAGCAGCUGGUCAUGCAGCAGCAGCACCAGCAGUUCCUAGAGAAGCAGAAGCAGCAGCAGCUGCAGCUGGGCAAGAUCCUCACCAAGACUGGGGAGCUGCCACGGCAGCCCACCACCCACCCCGAGGAGACAGAGGAGGAGCUGACAGAGCAGCAGGAGGCCUUCCUGGGGGAGGGGGCCCUGGCCAUACCCCGAGAAGGCUCCACGGAGAGUGAGAGCACACAGGAAGACCUGGAGGAGGAGGAAGAGGAGGAGGAGGAGGAGGAGGGAGAGGAGGAGGAGGAGGAGGAGGAGGAGGAGGAGGAGGAGGACUGCAUCCAGGUCAAGGAUGAGGAGGGCGAGAGUGGUGCUGAGGAGGGGCCCGACUUGGAGGAGUCCAGUGCUGGUUACAAAAAGGUGUUUGCAGAUGCCCAGCAGCUGCAGCCUCUGCAGGUGUACCAGGCGCCCCUCAGCCUGGCCACUGUGCCUCAUCAGGCCCUGGGCCGCACCCAGUCCUCACCUGCUGCCCCUGGGGGCAUGAAGAGCCCCCCGGACCAGCCCACCAAGCACCUCUUCACCACAGGUGUGGUCUAUGACACGUUCAUGCUGAAGCACCAGUGCAUGUGCGGCAACACACACGUGCACCCCGAGCACGCUGGCCGGAUCCAGAGCAUCUGGUCUCGGCUGCAGGAGACAGGCCUGCUCAGCAAGUGUGAGCGGAUCCGGGGUCGCAAAGCCACGCUGGACGAGAUCCAGACGGUGCACUCUGAAUACCACACCCUGCUCUAUGGGACCAGUCCCCUCAACCGACAGAAGCUGGACAGCAAGAAGCUGCUCGCUCUGUUCCUCUUCCCUGCAGGCCCCAUCAGCCAGAAGAUGUACGCCAUGCUGCCUUGUGGGGGCAUUGGGGUAGACAGUGACACCGUGUGGAAUGAGAUGCACUCCUCCAGUGCCGUGCGCAUGGCGGUGGGCUGCCUGGUGGAGCUGGCUUUCAAGGUGGCGACGGGGGAGCUCAAGAAUGGUUUUGCCAUCAUCCGGCCCCCAGGACACCACGCGGAGGAAUCCACAGCCAUGGGAUUCUGCUUUUUCAACUCUGUAGCCAUCACAACCAAACUCCUGCAGCAGAAGCUGAAUGUGGGCAAGGUUCUCAUCGUGGACUGGGACAUUCACCACGGCAACGGCACCCAGCAAGCAUUCUACAACGACCCCUCCGUGCUCUACAUCUCCCUGCAUCGCUAUGACAAUGGGAACUUCUUUCCGGGCUCUGGGGCUCCUGAAGAGGUUGGCGGAGGGCCGGGCGUGGGGUACAAUGUGAACGUGGCAUGGACGGGAGGUGUGGAUCCCCCCAUCGGAGACGUGGAGUACCUAACGGCCUUCAGGACAGUGGUGAUGCCCAUUGCCCACGAGUUCUCACCUGACGUGGUCCUGGUCUCCGCCGGGUUUGAUGCUGUCGAGGGACACCUGUCUCCGCUGGGUGGCUACUCGGUCACCGCCAGAUGUUUUGGCCACUUGACCAGGCAGCUGAUGACACUGGCAGGGGGCCGGGUGGUGCUGGCCCUCGAGGGAGGCCAUGACUUGACCGCCAUCUGUGAUGCCUCUGAGGCCUGUGUCUCCGCUCUGCUCAGCGUGGAGCUGCAGCCCUUGGACGAGGCAGUCUUGCAACAAAAGCCCAACGUCAACGCAGUGGCCACGCUAGAGAAAGUCAUCGAGAUCCAGAGCAAACACUGGAGCUGUGUGCAGAGGUUCGCUGCUGGUCUAGGCCGUUCCCUGCGGGAGGCCCAGGCCGGUGAGACAGAGGAGGCUGAGACUGUGAGCGCCAUGGCCUUGCUGUCGGUGGGGGCCGAGCAGGCCCAGGCUGCUGCAGGCCGGGAGCACAGCCCCAGGCCGGCAGAGGAGCCCAUGGAGCAGGAACCUGCCCUGUGACGCCCUGGCCCCCACCCCUCUGGGCUUCAUCAUUGUGAUUUUGUUUAUUUUUUCUAUUAAAAAACAAAAAGUCACACAUUCAACAA